CAACGGCAGAGAAGCCAACCUUGGGCCGUCUCGCUGUCGAGUCUGUCUGGUCGAGGCGGAAGAGGUUUUGCGCGAAUGGGCGUAGUAGCAGAAGUGUGUCAUGUCUUGAAGUGCGUCUGUUUAUUCAGUGGUCACGUAGAGAUGACUACAUCCCUCAUCACCUUAUAGGAAAGCAGUUUGUUUACAAGCACACGUGCGACGCGGACUGGUAGCCUCGUAUCUAAUGUAAGCCACAUUGAAGACUUCUUCAGCAGGGUACACCAGUUCACUGAGACAGGAGCGAGAUGGCUGCUGUGCAACUUGCUUUGCUGUGCUGGCUUUCAUUUCUCAGGCUUACAUUGACACAGUCUUGCAGCCUGGAUGAUCUGACUACAGACACCACGCUUCCAUAUUAUGAUGUCAUAACAGCUACAAGGCCUUAUGGAGAGGGAGAGGUGGCACCCUACACGUGUCAACCCGGCUAUCGGCAGACAAGUCCUCCGCCAAGAUACAGAAAUGCCACCUGCCGCAGUGGCAUAUGGGAAUACCCAUCAAAUACGCUCAUCUGUGCACCUGUCAACUGUGGUCACCCAGGCACAGUGAAGCAUGGCUUCCUAGAGGGCAGUGUCUUUACAUUUCCAAACUCUGUGAAGUACAGAUGUGACGACGGCUACUUUGCGCGCAGGGGCACAGAGACUCUCUUCUGCCAAAGCGAUGGGAAGUGGUCUCCUGAGGAGCUCCCUACCUGUGAAGUUGUCAACUGUGGCCACCCAGGCGAAGCGAGGAACUGCAUCCUAGUGGGCAAUGAUUUUACAUUUCGCAGAAGUGUAACGUAUCAGAGUGAGAAAGGUUACAUCAUUCACGGCACAGCCACACUCAUCUGCAACGGUGACGGAAAGUGGCAUCCUGAGGAACUCCCCACGUGCGAAGUUGUCAGCUGUGGUGACCCAGGCACAGUAGCCCAUGGCUCACGAGAGGGCAAUAACUUCACAUUUCCCAAUAGUGUGAACUACCAGUGUGAAAAAGGCUACACCUUGAAUGGCGCAGACACAUUGGUCUGCCAGAUCAGUGGCAGGUGGUCUCCACGGACACCGCCUAGAUGUGAAAUUGUCAACUGUGGCCACCCAGGCGAAGCGAGGAACUGCAUCCUAGUGGGCAAUGAUUUUACAUUUCGCAGAAGUGUAACGUAUCAGAGUGAGAAAGGUUACAUCAUUCACGGCACAGCCACACUCAUCUGCAACGGUGACGGAAAGUGGCAUCCUGAGGAACUCCCCACGUGCGAAGUUGUCAGCUGUGGUGACCCAGGCACAGUAGCCCAUGGCUCACGAGAGGGCAAUAACUUCACAUUUCCCAAUAGUGUGAACUACCAGUGUGAAAAAGGCUACACCUUGAAUGGCGCAGACACAUUGGUCUGCCAGAUCAGUGGCAGGUGGUCUCCACGGACACCGCCUAGAUGUGAAACUCUGGCUUCAGGUACUGCAAAUACGAGUUCUGCAGUUACACCACAGAGUAAAGACAGAAAUGUAUGCCGUCCACUUGAAGAUCCCCACAAUGGAAUGCUGGUGAGCAAUGGUACAACCAGCAGUCUGGCUACAUUUGCCUGUAAGGAGGGAUACGUAAUGCAAGGUCCCUCAACAUUGGUCUGUCAACCAGGAGGUACCUGGGACCCCCCACAGCCUCCUGCAUGUGAAGCACCAUUUCCAUGGGCCGUCGUGGUUGGUGUAGUUGCAGCAAUCCUUGGGAUAGGUGUGGCUGCUGUGUACCUGUUCUGCCGACGACGGCUCGUUAGCCAUCGGAGUGAGAUUAGGAAACCCAGUGCUUCGGACGCUCACACGCAAAGUGAAGUGGCGCACUUGCACAAGCCUUGCCUGACUACUAGUCUUUAGGAAAUUGCUGAAAGGAAUAAUGAGGCGGCUUUCGGCUCGGACUCUAUGAUGCUUUGGGUUUGACUUCUUCAGGUAAAAUCGGACAGCACCACUUGAUAUUUACCUACGAAAUUAAUUCUGUUUUUUCAUUCUCAUUUUUCUCUCCGUAUUUAUUUAUUUAUCGUAAGUCCUGGCUCUAGGAGGCCAAAAUGCACCAAGUCAGCAGCAUCAUCAUCACCGAAGUUGCAGAACUGAAUCUGUCGACGUUUUGCGUGAAGCUCACAAAAACACCUACUUUAGCCAGACAUUACUCUAUGGUAUAAAUAUGGUGCCCAGUUUUCACCCUAAAUAUUUGUUUAAAAUAUUUAACCCAAAAAAGUCAAACCCUAUUUUUGUUGCAUUUAUAGACCUCACUUACCUGUGUGCCUUUGAUGAUGUUGCUUUUUAAAAGCAUGUUUUGAGGGCUGAUUGCUUUUGGGAUUAUACUUGUUCUUGUUGAUGGUUCUAGGUCUUCCUAGGACAACUAUAGGUGUUCAAAACUGAAAGUCACACAAGUGUAGUGCCUAGUCAUUUACUGUGUUAUCCCCUUUAUUAGUUGCUAUUGUGACCUUGCUGUACACCAUUCGAGAUGUGAACAAGUGGCAGUCUUUGUUCAAAAGACAAGCAUUAGACUGAA